AAUUGUUUAAUCGUGAGAAAGUUGAAACCGGGGAAACCGGUUAAUGCUUGUAUUUGCAUGAUUGCAUCCCACUCACUCUCUGUAUUUCGUCUCUAUCUCUCUCUGUUCUCCUCUCUGUGUAAGGUUGAGUCAGUGUAACUGUUGAUUUUCAUUAACAGGGAGAAGCCCCUGUUGGGUUCGUUCCAUUGACGAAGCUCUGUAGGGAACAGUAUAACGGGCGAUUUCCAACAACAACGUAACUACAAGGCUGUGUUGGUUCCAUUGCUGAAGUGAAGCUCUUCUCUCGAACUAGAUAUGAGUAUGGCCCCAGCGGAAGUUAAAAGGGAAGGUGAUGAUUAUGACAUUCCAAAUGAAGCUGAUGACAUUCGUUUAAUGAAUGAAAGUUGGGCAGAACCUGAUCAUGGUUGCGAAGCUGGUCCGAGCAAUAAAGAAGCAACCAACAUGAACGUUGAAGAUGGCGGAGCCGAUGUGAAAAAAGAAAUGGUUGACGAUGCUCAUCGCAAUGACAUGGUUGGUGAUGUUGAACGUGCUAUUCUGGAACAGAAAUUUGAUUCGGUCUGGAGAAGAUUUCUACAAUGCGUAUGCUAAAGCCAAGGGAUUUAGUAUACGAAAAUCCAGAUUUAACACAAAUAAAGAAGGAAAGGUCGUUAGUAGGCUGUGGUUGUGUUCAAGGGAAGGUCAAAGAUUACCAAAAUACUUGGACCGUGUUGCUGAGAAGAGUAGAGCUCCCAAGGCACUAACAGGAGUAGGUUGCAAAGCCCAAUUUCGCAUACGGUACGAUGCGAAUGCUGGUGAAGGGGGAAAGUAUGUUGUGACUCACUUCGUCGCAGACCACAACCAUGAAUUGGCAGAACAACACUGUGUGAUGUAUCUGAGGUCACAUCGCAGUUUAAACAGCGCUGACAAAGCUCAAGCAAUGGCUAUGCGCAAUGUCGGUAUGAAGACUAGCCAAAUCAUGGAUUAUAUGGUAAAUCAGUCCGGGUCUUAUGAGAAUGUUGGUUUCAUCCGUACGGAUCUGCACAACCAUAUUCAAGACGAACGUAGAGCAGAAGUUGAGGAUGGUGAUGCGCAGGGUGCGUUGGUUUACCUAUGCGCAAAACUUGAUGUUGAUGCAUGUUUUUUUUACAAGUAUGAUGUGUGUAACGAUAACAAGUUACAAAAUCUGUUCUGGGCAGAUUCGAAAUCGCGGGCCGACUACGCAAAGUUUGGUGAUGUGUUGAUAUUUGACUCAACUUACAGAACCAAUGCAUACAAGAAACCUUUUGUUAUGUUGGCUGGUGUGACUAGCCACUUUAGGACCACGAUAUUUGCAUGUGUUUUGCUAGCUAAUGAGACAAUUGAGACAUACACAUGGGUUUUGGAAACAUUUAUGGAGGCGAUGGGCAAUAAAGCACCUGUGUCCGUACUGAUAGAUGGGGAUAAGGCGAUGCGAGAGGCAAUCAGAAGAGUAUUUUCAGACGCAAGACAUCGAUUAUGUAAUUGGCAUUUUGAGAAAAAUGCUGUUUCAAAUGUUCACAUAAGUGGCUUUGCACAUGCUUUCAAGCAGUGCAUGGACAUGGAAACGGAUGAGACAAAGUUUGAGCAUGGCUGGACGACAAUGGUCGAAGAAUUUGGACUUCAAACCAACAGUUGGGUGUUGGAGACAUAUGAGAAGCGUCAUAUGUGGGCUGAGGCAUAUAUGCGUGGACAUUUCUUUGCUGGGAUGAAGCAUGUUUAG